AGAUUAGAAGGAAGAACGCCUUUUUUGAAAGAGCUCUUUUGAAAAAAAGGCAUGUGCGGAUGCAAAACAGGAACGUUUUUCGAAAGAGGCAAUCAGAACAAGCACAGGUGCUCUGGUGGCCAUUCUGUGAAUACCAAUCAGGGCUUUCUUUUGAGAGAGCCUCCAUGCGGUCUGGACGCUCUCUUUCGAAAAAGCAGAUCCCUUUUUCGAUCGGUUUUGAGGUGUGGAUGCUCCCUUUCGAAAGAAGCCUGCAGUCAACGCAUAUCCUGAGCUGCAGAGCUAGCAACUGUGGUGGGGUGAGCAUGCAGCGAUGCUCUGCCUCCCACCUCCCCCCACAUGCUGCAGGGCCCACAACGCCAGCCGUUUCCAGGAUCACACCAAACAGGGAGCCUCUCUCAGCUCCACUGCGCACCCAGACGUUGGCUCCAGGAGCCUCCAGCUCAACCCUAGUCCUAAUUGCGAUUACACAUACACAGGCAACCUUCCUUCCUCGACCGCCGAACUUUCCAGGGCUUGAUUUUGCAACCCUCCCAUUGUUCCUUCCAAGCAGGGCUGGGCGGGUAGUUCCACAGGUCACCUUUUCUUGGGCUUAUUCAAGAGCAACCCCGCUCACCGCGCGCUACCCUCUGACAGGCAGCCCGCCAGGGAGCUGACGCCACGUCCUCAACAGCGCGUUGGGGUCCCGACUUGCACGGUCUUUAGGAGACAGCCGCAGCGUGGCAACUUCCUCACUCGCUGCAGCCCCACCUCGUGCAGGUCCAAAUUCCAGCGCCCUUCGCCGCCUCUCCCGCCUGUAGCGCCCCGCCCCCAGCGGCCGCAGGUUUCCUUCUGCUGGCCUCUGCCGCGGCCGGAGGGGGGUGUCAGGCUCUGGGCCGUGGCUGGGGCAAGACUGAAGCGCGCAGGAGGCUGCCUCGCCGGAGCACUAGCUGCUGCGGCCCCGCCCCCGCGGCCGGGUGUUUACUCCGGCUUCUCUCGCAGCAGCGGGGCGGGACGGACCCAGCUCUUGCCGGGGAGCCGCGGAGGGACCGCCCGGGAGUCCUGGCUGCGGACAGAGCCCCCCUGCGGAGAUGUGAGACCUUCCCUCCCGCCCCAUGUGCGUCCCCCGGUCCUGGAGGCGGGCGGGAGCACCCUGGCUUCUCAUGCUGCAGCUGCUCCUGCCUUCCCCAGGGGCGCCAGCAGAGCUGUACUGUUCUUUGCCCAGUCCUAGGAAUGUCCAUUUUGAAUCAAAAAACCUGAAGAAUCUUCUGCACUGGUCACCACCAGAAGGACUGGGAGAGGGAGUACUCUAUAAUGUAAAAUAUUUGAUAUAUGGCAUAGGUAAAUGGAUUAAAAAGUCAGAAUGCAAGAACAUCAGCAGAACAUGGUGUGACCUCUCCAGUGAAACACAUAAUCAUGAAGACCAAUACUAUGCAAAAGUAAAAGUCUUCUCCGGUGGCAACUGUUCCAACUGGACAGAAACUGCACGGUUCAAUCCUCUCACAGAUACUAAAAUUGAUCCACCAAUGGUUACUGUGUCUUCCACUGAAAGGUCUAUAUCAAUAGUUCUCACUGCUCCUGAGAAAUGGAAAAGAACCCUUGAAGAGAGAUCUGUAUCUUUGCACCAAGUCUACUCUGGCCUGCAAUAUAAUGUGUCUGUAUUCAACAAAAAAACUAAGAAAAGGUGGGUGUUCUCCAUUAAAAACAAUACACUGGUUGUGCCCCGGUUGGAAUCCAAUAUAGUUUACUGUGUCAGCGUACAGACAUACGUUACAACACCACUUUUGCUUAGUGAAUUUUCUGAAGAACACUGCAUUGCUACUCUGAAAGACCCAACUGUAGAACAGACUGUAACAAUUGUAUUUGGAUACAUUCUGCCCAUCAUUUUAACAGCCUUCAUUGUCUCAAUGGCAGGCUAUUGUGUGCAUAGAUAUAUUCAUGUCAGCAAACAAAAGCAUCCACCUAACCUGGUAUUGCAGUACACCAAUAAAUUUGAUGAAACGGUUUUUAUGCCUUCUGAAAAAAUAGUGGUUAACUUCAUCACUCUUAAUAUAGUGGAUGAGUACAAGACUUCCCAAGAAACCACAAAUUUAAUACAUAGGACCAGCCACAACUGCAGUUCCAUUCAUGACGAAAGCAGUGUUGAUGAGCCUCUGACAAGAGCCUUAGAAGUGAACUGUUUGGCUGAUACUUCCGAAGAUGUUAAAAUUUUACCUGACUCUGUGAGAUAUCGGAACUGCUCACCACGAUGCCAGCAUGGAUUCCGCUAUGCUUUGGGUCAGAAGAAUGAAGGGGCUGUAGAGUAUGCACUUGAUGUGAGGCCUGCAGAACUUUUUCCUGUGCAAAAGGUACAAGAAUGUGGUUCAACAGAGAAGUCUUCUGAACCAAGAGAACUGCUAGAUGAGCCACAAAUAACUCUGAGGGACUUGGCUGACAGUAAAAUAGGACAGUCGUACUGUCCCCAGCUUGAUGUGCAAGUUACAGAUGUGUGUUUGGUGCAGGAACUAAAAGAACUAAAUUGGAUGGAGAAGGCUGCUACACCAGAGGUACUGCUGGGUGAGCCACAGAGUGAUUUGGUGAAUGUGGAUACUGAAAAGAUAGAGCAGUCUUACCAUCCCCAGUUAAGAACAAUAACACAGAGCCCCCAGGAGCAAACUGGGACAAUGGGGGUGGAAGAAGAGGAUGAACAGACAAUAUUAGUAGACUGGGAUCCUCAUACUGGAAAACUUUUUAUACCUACAUUGUCCAGUUUUGAGCAUGAUACACAUGAAGAAGUACUUGAGCAUGAAGCAUGUGAUCAGCCUGCUGACGAGGGACUUUUGUCCAAACUCUAUGAGAGGCAGGUGUCUGUUGAGCCAUCAGAAGACCAAGAACCAUAUCUCCUGCAGUUCAAGGAACAGUGGGGUUUGCAUGUAAAAAUGGAAGACUGAACGGUCUUCCCUCAAUAUCUUAAAAUGUUAAAUGUAAAUUAUUGUUUAUACCAUCAAGUAAUGGCUAGAUUUGACCAGGGCUGGAUUUGCACUGAAAUAAUCUAAUCUCUAUAUUGGGUUUUUUUAAAAAAAUUUUAAGACUUAUAUUGUAAAAAAAGAUUCUCUGUAAGGAUUGUUCUGGAGUUUUCCUCAUGCUAUCUUCAUUAAAUCAAAUUAUUUGUACUUGAAAACAAUCAUUUUUAGAGAAUAUUAGGAAGCUUUUCUCACAAUGCGCUUAAUAAGUGAUUAAAAAAAAUAGGAAGGAAGCAGAGGAAAAACCCUAAGUUUCUUCAGCCCUAAGGAUUCUCAGAGCUAUCACAGAUUUCCAUGGGGAAGUUCUUUCAUAUAUUUUGGUUAAAAUGAAGUAGAUUUAUUUAAAGGCCCAGUCCAGCCCCCACUUAAGCUGCUGGAGAGACUGCUGUAGGCUUCCUUGGGAAUUGGAUUGAGCUUUAAUAAAUGUAUUACAGUCUCUACCGUUAAUCUUUGAUGAGAGGUUGGGAGAAAAGGCUAAAUUUUGUAGGAAUUAACAGCUUCUACUAUACAUUGUUUUGUGUUUUAGUUAUUGAUAUUAUAGAAGCUCUAAGACGAUUUGGACUCCAUUAUAUUGGAUAUUUUACAGAUACUUAAGAAAAAUAGUUUACAAGCUAAACAAAGGUGAAAAAACAGAAAUAUUGCUAUUGCCUGACCACCCACACCCCAGUUGCUACACCAAUCUCUGUCAGUGAAUAGCAGUAAAUUAUUGGUGACACUUAGAUGCACUUUUUCUUGAGGAUAUUCAGUUAUUCUUAAACAUUCUAAUUACCCUACGUCAAUCUUAUUAACUAGUCAGGGUAGGUACUUUUAUCAAAGCAAAUAGUCAGCAGCAAAAGAAACACUUUCACAUGAAAGCACAAUUACAGCUACUGGGGAUCACUGGAGUUAACUGACUGAAUAAGAGCUCCUUCUGCAAUGCUGUAGAUUUUAAAAAAAUCAAUUAAUUCCUUAGACAAAGAAACAAGGAGUGUUAAGUAAGAGCAAGCAGGUGCUGUUGCUGCUUUAUUCAGUAUUGUUGAGACCAUUUAUGGGAAUAGUGUCGAAUUCUGGCAUUCAUAUUUUAAAAUGGAUAUGGAAAAAUCAGGGUUAAAAAACAGGUACAAGAAUGAUUUCAAGGUCUGAAAAUACAUCUUACAAUAAAAGAUCAAGUCCCCUAUCUGGGAAUAUAUAUGCUUAAAUUCCUUCCUAUUCAGGAUAGCACUGAAGUACAUGCUGAAGUCCCACUGAAUUCAAGGUAAGCCUCACAGUUAAGCCUCUGCUUAUGUACUGUACUGAAAGAGAUGUCCUGAAUAAGGCCUUGGCUUUAUUAAAGAGGUUAAGAUCUGGCUUGAUCCUGGUCCAUAAGUACCGACACCCAGAAAAUAUAUGAUUAUAAUUGAGGAACAGAUGAAAGCUUAACAGAGACUCAGGGCAUGUCUCCGCCACAGGUACUUUGGUGGCACAGAUAUGGUACUGCUGUUAUGACACUAUAGUUCCAUAGCGUAGACACUUCCUGCAUUGACUGAAGAGGUUUUCCCAUCACUGUUGUAGGUAAUCAACAUCAUCAAGCAUCUGUAGCUAGGUUGACAGAAGAAUUCUUCUGUUGGACUAGCUUUGUCUACACCGGGGACUGACUCAGCUGAACUACUGCUCUCGGGGAUGUGAAUUUCUCAUGAUUCUGAGUGACCUAGCUAAGUUGAUAUACAUUUUAAGUAUAAUCCAGGGUCAAGUGACUGGAAGUUGAAGCUAGAAAUAUUACAACUAGAAUUAGAAUGUAUUUUUUAACAGCAAGUGUAAUUAACAAUUGGAACUUCUUGCCAAUGGCUAUGUAAGAACCUCCCUCACUCAAAGACUUGAAGUUCUGGUGGCAUAAAUGUGAUCUGGGCAGGCUGUCAAUUAUUCCAUUGUGAAAGUUACAGCCACUCAUUCAUCAAGGUCAAAGAUACUACUGAUCCUGCAGUCCAAUGGCAGCUUGAGAAAGAAAUAGUUCACUAGCAUGACUUUCACAGUGCCAGAAUCAAUUCUCAUUUACAAGAGUGAUUUGUGCAGGAGUUAUCCUUAUCAGUGGCAGCACCUGACACGAACAGGCAUUAGUAGCAUUGAUUUACAAUAAAUGCCUCAAAUGGCAUUAAGAAAUGUUGUUUGCCAGUUGAUCAAAAGCAGGCCCUCACGGUGGCGUUAGCCUGGCAUAAGAACAAUGGUGAAAAUUAGGUGGGGUUUCUUUAUUUCCCAUGGCAAAUUGUAAGCCAUAUCAUGUCCUUUUUUUAAAAGCACAUUUCCUUAGGG